AGUUGUACGUCGCCUCCUGGCGGCAGUGGCGUGCAACUGCAUGAUCAUAGCCAACGAAUUCUAGCACUGCUGAGAAUUCAAGCAGUGCUAAAUUACGCUUGUCUUUAAUUUUCCUCGUCACAUUUAGCACAGCAACGUUUGUUUUUCACAUCGCCGGUGUCCCCGAGAGUCGCAGCCCUGCAUUCCAAAAGGGAAGACGAGUACUUCACCAUGAGCUCAGAGGAUGGUGACAUGGAGAACCAGGCUGAGCUGGAAGAGAAGACCAGGCUCAUCAACCAGGUGUUGGAGCUUCAGCACACUUUAGAGGACCUGUCUGCUCGAGUCGAUGCUGUAAAGGAAGAGAACCUGAAGCUGAAGUCAGAGAACCAGGUCCUGGGUCAGUACAUUGAGAACCUCAUGUCGGCUUCCAGUGUCUUUCAGACCACUGACACCAAGAGCAAACGAAAGUAAGGAGACCGUCAGAGAGGCCUGACCUAAAUCCACCCUUCCACCGUCCCUUAACAGAGCCCAGACCGUACCAGAGGACUGGACUCACGGACCCUUUAAUACUGCUGAAACCCGAAACCCGUUUCUCUCUCUAACGUGUGCAAAUAAGGGAAUUUGUUGUUUUUGUAAUGUGGCCGCAGUGGCCAGUGUUGCAUUCAUCAAAAGAGAAUGUACAGAGGAAAAAGAAGAAAGGGAGACCUGAUCCAGAGCUGCACAUUAAUAUUAAACCUAACUCACGAGCAGACACACACUUCAGCUCUGUGUGAGGUAGGACAGCUGGCCUGAAUCCUCUUCUUAUAUCUGAGUGCCUGAAAUCUGUGCAAGUCAUCAGACCUACAGAAGAAAAACAUGCUUUGCUAUGUUUUUCCCACAUAAUGAGUCCUAUUUCAUAAAGUACAAUUCUGUGAAAAGGUGUUCAGCACUUUACUAAUUUCUCAUUUUCUUUGCAUAUUUGUUACAGAUCAUCAAAAUUUAGACUUUGGAAUUAGUAAAAUGCAAUUUUUAAAUUAUUAUUACAAAUGUUAAAGCUAUUCAAACCAACCUAUGUGGGAACAGUAAUCCUGACUUGAUCCGACUGAGUGACGUGAGAGACUCGCUGCCAGUUAACACAAAUGAUUGACAGCAGUUUUUGCACAACCACUUAUUUGGUCUUUGGGGAUAACAACAAUAGGUAGGGACAGAAAGGUAGGUUUGGAUAGUUUAUUUCCCUUAAAUAAUCAAAUCAUCAUUUAAAAACUACAUUUUAUAUUUGCUCCGGUUAUCUUUGUCUAAGAUUAAAGUUUGAUCUGAAACAUGUAAGUGUGACAAAUAUGUAAAAGAACAAGACCUCAGGAAGUGGGAGGAACAUUUUUACACAACACUGUCAAUCCCAUUUGAUCUUCUGGAAAAUCCAAAUGAUGAGAUACGACUGAAGCAGCUCUCACCUGCUUAACUGUAACACCAACUCCGUGACAUCACAGUUAGUCGGUUCAGCUAUGUUUGCAAACUCGUGGCACACAAACAGGAAACCGGUGAGAUACCUGGAACUAGACUUUCUAGAAUCCUGUUGUGCAAUCUGUUGAUGUAAACAAAGAAACCAGACCUAAUCAGUGUGUAAGAUGGGCUUCCUGUUUAAGUGAGGUUGAGUGCUUUGAGUUUCAGAAAAGGCAUCUGGUAGGAAGACGUAAGAGCUCAGCUUUUGUGCCAUGUUCAUAUAUUCAGACUUUGUUUUUUGGCUUUUUGCACACAAAGUAAAGACAGAAGUGCAAUGUUACACUGGCCCUUUGUGUAUGAGCUCUGAAACAAGCUGUUUGAACUCGUGGUUAGGUUUCUUCCUUCAGGAAACCUGCCGAGGGGCAGCACACAGGUCUUGUGAGCUGUACUGCAUGUACGUUUCAGAGUGAUUAAAUAAAUAAUGGUUUGAUUUUAUAUGACUAUCCUGUGAGUGUGACAAAAAAAGACUAAAGUCUCAAUGUUGCCAUGCACUGAGUGCUCACAGAUGCAAAUCAGCAAGAAUAUUAGAUUAGCUUCCAGUCAGUGUGGUUAGUGUUACAGAUCUUCUGAUACACAGGAAGGCAUCACCGAAGACUGAAACUGGAUUAAAAUUGUCACAGGUCAGAUGAUGCUUUGACAUUACUGCUCCUCAGCGCUGCACACAGGCCUUACAAAAAGAAAACUUCCACACCACAGAUGUUGAAGCGUUUACAUUCUGUCUUCUGCUCUCGAUACUUGUUAGUGAGGAGCAUGGCUUGAUCUAAAAGGGGUUUGAAACACCUGAGUCAGUAUUGCUGCCGUUGCUACAGCUCCAGUAGAUCUUUGAAUGGCUACUUUAGUUCCAAACUCCUGGUCUUUGUCAUUUCAGCCUGAUGUCACUGCUUGUCUCAGGCUGGGAUUAAACAACACUAGUGGCACUGUUUGAGUUCACAGCUAAAACCAUGAUGUGUCAUUUUGAUUUGAGCCUGUGUGCACUGAUUGAUGAAGCUUCUCUCUAACCAUGCUGUGUAUUGUUUACAUUUUGUUCGAUUGCCAGUUUGACUUGGCAAGUCUUAGUUAAAUAAAGUUACGAUCUUUUCAUGA